UUUCUGUCCUGCCAUGCGAGCUUUGGAGCAGGCCACAUCAGCCCAAGGUCGACUUCACCAUUUCUCAGCCAGUCCACUAUCAAGAUUCUAAGGAGAGCCUCAGAUGCCCAGCCUCAACGGGCGCGAUAGGGGCCUGCGCUAAGCCGUGGUACGUAUGGUGCGCGGUCAACCUGGCUAUAGGGUUCUUUAGCUAGACGGCACAGCACUGGACCUCAAAUUCACGCUCUUGCGCUCGUGCUGAGCCUCAUCCACCAGCUUUUGGUUCCCGUGGAUAACUCUUCAACGUCGAAAUGGUGAACGUAGGGCGGCCAUCCCGCGGGUGCUUGACAUGUCGUCGACGACGAGUCAAAUGCGACGAGAACCAACCCAAUUGCAACCGUUGCGUCAAACUGAAUACGAAUUGUGAGUGGAAGGACCAGUGGAGCUCAUUGGUGCGCCCUCAGGAAUCCUGGGCCGAACGGAAGGUUGCCCAGCGAGUGGAACGCGUGCAGAAUGAAAGGAAGCUGCGAGAUGCGUGCCGUCAGAAUGAUUUUGGCUUGUAUAAGCAACUAAAUGCGGUCACCAUACCGAAGCAGUGCCAGAUUGGGCCGGAGAUCUACGCCAUCAACCGCUUCUACAGCGAUUACGCUUUUGAUCCCGUGACCUGCCCCUUCCUGUACGCAGUCCAGCCCAUGUACCAAAAAGAGAGUACUCCUAGCUGCUUGCGUAACGUGGUUCCGGCUAUUGCACUGGCCAACGCCGCGAAGCUGCAGCAGCGCUAUGAUCUGCUGGAGGAGUCGGUCAAGUACUACGGCCGAUCGCUCAGGCAUCUGGCGCAGUGCUUGAAUGACCCGGAAGUGGCGAAAAGAGAUGAUACAAUGCUCACUGUCUACAUUCUGGGGCUGUAUGAGGCCAUCUCGUUUGACCGCCGCCCCACCACUUCACACAAUCCACACGCCCCUGGCCGCCUGGUGCUCCUGCGUCUUCGCGGUCGCGAGCAGUUGCAAACACACAUGGGGCGCAACUUAUUCCUCGUUGUGUACCAUGAGCAUCUCAUUACAUCACUUGACGGCAUGAUCGAGCCAAUGGAAGAAUGUCCGUCCUGGGUUUACGAGGGCUUCCCACCCUCCCCGCUUACAACCCUGACCCUUUUCAUGCACGACAUCAGCUGCUUUCUCUCCGGUUGCAGGAAGACCUUGUCGCGAGCGUCAGGAGAAGCAACGCGCGAUAGGCUGUUUCUCCUGUUACACACAGGAAUCUCACUGCACAAAAUGGCCAUAGAGAUGUUGAAACUGUUCCAAUCCGGCGAGCUCGAUGACAACUUGGCCUUCCAAUUCUACUCUUCCACCGAUCCGCGGCGCAAAAACUCGGUCAAGGCCUCUAAAACCUCCCUCAAGCAGUUGAGGAAGAGCAUGCGCGCCAAUGAAAAGCUCCGCCGAGACUCCAAAACGAGAGUCCAGCAAUGGCCGCAAGCUCUUCAAGAUAUUCCCUCCGACAUCCGAGAGAGAUUUGACGAGAUACAAAUAUCAAACUACUCACAGGAGUACCUCAACAGCUUCCGCGCCAGCUGCUCAAUGGUUUGCCACACAACGCAUAUCUACCUCCUCACCACUCUGCUGCAGGUAGUCGCAGCGCUCCGCUCCUGGCCUCGGCAACCUGAGCUCUCUUCGGCAACCGCAUUCGAAGAGCUUGACCUUGCAACUCUUGAGGUGGAAUGGAAUCAGACCAUUUGCAACUAUGCUUCAGACAUCCUGAAAGAAAUUCCCGACUCGCUCAUCCUGCUCGACGGCGACAAGCGCCUGCCGAUCUUCGACAAAGGAAUGGCAUACAGAGCCUUCAUGCUAGUGUGGCAUCUGCGGACAGCACUUGGUACGGAGCAGGCUACGGCACGGAAUAGGGAAGAGUGCAGAAAGUGGCUAAGGCAUAUUGGCGAAGAGUACGGGAUCGGCAUUGCCAUGGAAGCAUUGGAAACUAACAAAUGUUCCAUACCCCACGGACAUAAAAAGACGAAUCCUUCUCGGAUCUGAUUCGUGGCCCUCGAAAUCCGACGGAACUGUCACACGUACUUGGAUGGCAUAGAUUGAAAAUAUGGGGCUCGCUUGAGGGUUUACCGCUUGUUCUCGGAUACAUAGCGCUCAACCAUUCGCGGAGAAUUUCUGGUGUUUCAAACAACACGCCUGUUACGGACUGGUUCUACAAGUUGAAACCACCAUCGCGUUCGAU